AGGCGCGCGCCGGGGCGCCCCGGGGCUGGAGAGGUCCGAGGGGCGCGCUCCCUUCGGCCACUCGGCCGCCGGGCUGGUGCCUUAUUUUAUUCGGCUUGUUCCCUUCCUGCUGCGGCAGCCGUCGCCACCGCCGGUUGGGGGUCGGCUAGAAGGGGAGCCCCGGCUGUCAGCUUGGGCGCAGCUGCCUCCCCAACCCUUCCUCUCUAGGGCACGGUCGGGGUGAGAGGUGGGGGGCAGAGCGGUCUUGGGGGGGGGGGCUGGAGGCGCGAGCGGAGGGUCGGGGAACCGGAGGCUUUGUACCACCAGGGGCCGGCGGAGGAGCGGCGAGCGGCCCUCUCCGUUGGCCCAGGACACGCAUCCAGCCCCGCCACGCAGAGCCAGGAAGGAAAGAGAGCCUCAUGCCUAAGCCGAGGGGAGCACCAUGGAUCUGACAAAGAUGGGCAUGAUCCAGCUGCAGAACCCCAGCCACCCCACGGGGCUCCUGUGCAAGGCCAACCAGAUGCGGUUGGCGGGGACGCUGUGUGACGUGGUCAUCAUGGUGGACAGCCAGGAGUUCCAUGCCCACCGGACCGUGCUGGCCUGCACCAGCAAGAUGUUUGAGAUCCUCUUCCACCGCAACAGCCAGCACUAUACGCUGGACUUCCUCUCGCCAAAGACCUUCCAGCAGAUUCUGGAGUACGCGUACACGGCCACGCUGCAAGCCAAGGCGGAGGACCUGGACGACUUGCUGUACGCAGCCGAGAUCUUAGAGAUCGAGUACCUAGAGGAGCAGUGCCUGAAGAUCCUGGAGACCAUCCAGGCCUCAGACGACAAUGACACAGAGGCCACCAUGGCAGAUGGUGCGGCCGAGGAGGAAGAGGACCGCAAAGCUCGGUACCUCAAGAACAUCUUCAUCUCGAAGCAUUCCAGCGAGGAGAGCGGGUACGCCAGUGUGGCCGCACAGAGCCUCCCGGGACCCAUGGUGGACCAGAGCCCUUCUGUCUCCACCUCGUUCGGUCAUUCGGCCAUGAGUCCCACCAAGGCUGCGGUGGACAGCUUGAUGACCAUAGGACAGUCUCUCCUCCAGGGAACGCUCCAGCCUCCCGCGGGGCCCGAGGAGCCGACUCUGGCUGGAGGUGGGAGGCACGCUGGGGUGGCCGAGGUGAAGACGGAGAUGAUGCAGGUGGACGAGGUGCCCGGCCAGGACAGCCCUGGGGCCACCGAGUCUGGCAUGGCGGGCGCCAUGGGGGACAAAGUUGAGGAAAGGGGCAAAGAGGGGCCUGGGACCCCGACUCGGAGCAGCGUCAUCACCAGCGCCCGGGAGUUGCAUUACGGGCGUGAGGAGAGCGCGGAGCAGCUGCCGCCUCCCACCGAGGCUGGCCAGGGCCCCCCGGGCCGACCCGAGCACCCCGCGCCCCCAGCCGAGAAACACCUGGGCCUCUAUUCCGUGUUGCCCAACCACAAGGCCGACGCCGUGUUGAGCAUGCCGUCCUCAGUGACCUCAGGCCUCCACGUGCAGCCCGCCCUGGCCGUGUCCAUGGACUUCAGCACCUACGGGGGGCUGCUGCCCCAGGGCUUCAUCCAGAGGGAGCUGUUCAACAAGCUGGGGGAGCUGGCUGUGGGCAUGAAGUCCGAGAGCCGGACCAUCGGGGAGCAGUGCAGCGUGUGCGGGGUGGAGCUCCCUGACAACGAGGCUGUGGAGCAGCACAGGAAGCUGCACAGUGGCGUGAAGACGUACGGGUGUGAGCUCUGCGGAAAGCGGUUCCUGGAUAGUUUGCGCCUGAGAAUGCACUUACUGGCUCAUUCAGCUGGUGCCAAAGCCUUUGUCUGUGACCAGUGUGGAGCCCAGUUUUCGAAGGAGGAUGCGCUGGAGACACACAGGCAGACCCAUACCGGCACGGACAUGGCCGUCUUCUGUCUGCUGUGCGGGAAGCGCUUCCAGGCGCAGAGCGCGCUCCAGCAGCACAUGGAGGUCCACGCCGGCGUGCGCAGCUACAUCUGCAGCGAGUGCAACCGCACCUUCCCCAGUCAUACCGCCCUCAAACGCCACCUGCGCUCACACACAGGCGACCACCCGUAUGAGUGUGAGUUCUGUGGCAGCUGCUUCCGGGAUGAGAGCACACUCAAGAGCCACAAACGCAUCCACACGGGCGAGAAACCCUAUGAGUGCAAUGGCUGCGGCAAGAAGUUCAGCCUCAAGCACCAGCUGGAGACGCACUAUAGGGUGCACACAGGCGAGAAGCCCUUCGAGUGCAAGCUGUGCCACCAGCGCUCCCGCGACUACUCGGCCAUGAUCAAACACCUGCGCACGCACAACGGCGCCUCGCCCUACCAGUGCACCAUCUGCACCGAGUACUGCCCGAGCCUGUCCUCCAUGCAGAAGCACAUGAAGGGCCACAAGCCCGAGGAGAUCCCGCCCGACUGGAGGAUAGAGAAGACUUACCUCUACCUGUGCUACGUGUGAGGAGGGCCCGCGGCCUCGGCGGCAAGCGGGCAGCCAGGGGAGCGGCGUUCCAGCGGGGUGAAGUCCGCAAGCCACUGGGCAACAAAAGAGAAAUAGAACAAAAAGGAAGGAAAAAAAGAAAAAAAAAAGGAAAAAAAAAAGAGACAAGAAAAAGGAAACCUGAUAGCUGUCUGGCCUUGGACUCUCUCUGGGGCUCCAGGUGACCUGAUGCCUGGCCACUGCCCCUCCCCAGGGGCUAGGGGGGCCCCCUCUGUCCCUCCUCCGCCUGGGCUGUGGUUGGCCUCAUGUUCUUGGGUGGGGGCGGAGGGGGUUUGUUCAGCUCAGAGGGCGGUAUGUUUUUCUCGUCCCUCCACCUAGAACCCCCUUCGAUGUCCAGAAGUGGAGGCAGGGGAGGGGGCAAGGGGGCCUCUGGACGGAGCCCAACAAUCCGCCUGUCCCCCCCUCUCGCUGACUCCUCAGAACGGGGUUGGGGGCAGGGAGGGGGCCUGCAGGUGGUGGGCUGGGCCGGUCACGAGUUGGUGGUCACAUGGCAGCUCUGGUUUGCUGGGGCAGAUGGGGGUGGGAGGAGCUCUCCUUCCCUUCCUACCACUCAGUGUAUCUGUUGCUUCCCCUGCACGGCAUCCCCCCCCCCCCACCGCCUCCAUUCUGCCACAUUACAGUGUCCCCUCAAGGUCUCCAGCAGCUUCUUGGCUCUUGUCCCUCUCUAGCUCCUUGCUCCCUGCCUCCCUGUGACUCCUGUCCUCCAAGCACAGGGCCCCCAGCCCCUCAGGGACAGGGUGGGGGGGCACGUCUUCCUCCUCGCCCAGUCUCCCUAGUGGGGAAGCUGGGUCUGACUCCAGAUUCCCCACCCUGAUGCCCUCAGUUUUCUGAGGACACCCUUGCCAAGCCCUGUCCUGAGCGAGGUUCCUGUUGAGCUGCUUUUGCUUCCAAAAUGGGAAAACAUUAACUAGCUAUAUACUGUCCCAUCAAACAAACCAACACAAAUCCCUACAACCCCAAUUUCAGUCCGUAGGAGAAGGAAUCCAUGUAAGGACUCGUCAUCUAAGGGAAGGAUGUGGAUGCCCUUCUUGGAGAAGGGGACCCCCUGUCUAGGGGUCAGGGUAGCUGGCUGGGCAGGGGGAGGGUUGCUGAGUUGUACUGGGGACCCCAGCCCUGGUGCAGAGAGUGGCACAGAAUUCCCGGGUCUCAGGGCCCCCCACCCCCCAGUCCACAGGGAGGAGGAAGGAGAGGAGGAGGAGGAGUUGAAAGCGCUUUGGCCCUUGUGUUCUGUUUUGCUUCUUUUCUGUGUCCCCUGUUCCCCUGUUAGCACAUUGUACUUGAAUUACCUCAGUUUUUUGUGACCUCAUGAGCUUUGUUAACCCCUGUAUCUCUUUUUUGGUUGGGGGUUGGAGGAAUAGGGAGGAUGUUCUUUUCUGUUUCUUGUGUAAAUUAAGAGUUGGUUUCAUAGACUUCCGCUGGCCUCAGCCCUCCCCAUCCCAGCUGGAAGGAGCUGUACAGAAGGAGUCCAGUACUCAGGAUCUGAAUGUGAGAGCCCGGGGCUCAGCAGAAGGUGGGCAGAGGGGAGGGCGUGACGGGUGCACACGGGAGUCACUGUUGGUUCUGCCCAGGGCCCAAGUCCUCUGCGCCCAGCCAGGGUUCAGCCUAAAACAUCCUGGAGGAGAUCCCGCCUUUCUUACAAUUUGCUGGGUGAUUAGAGUCUAGGGGCCCAUAUUAUUGUAUCAUUCAGCUCCUGGCGACCCUGUGGGCCCACCUCCCUGGGCUUGAUCAUUGCCAAAAUUGGUCUCUCUUCAGGGUUGGGUGGGGAUGAGCCUGGCUUUGUUUUGUUGCGUGAGGGUAGGGGUGUUGUUUUUCUAAAAGCUACCUCUUAUGUUCCUCCAUUCUUUUGUUCCCUUCAUGCCUCCCAUUCUGCUGCUCUGCUCCCCGCCCCCUUUCUCCCCAGCCUCCCCACCCCUGAAUUUUGGAAAGCACAUUUGCAAUAUUUGUGUUCACUUUGGGAUGGGCCCUCUGUUUCAUCUCAUGCUUUAUUUGUAAGAGUUGUGUGUGUGUGUGUGUGUGUUUUCUUUCCUUUCUCUCUCCGAGAAAGUUGUGGCUGCCAUUUUAUCUUGGUUUUUGAAAAGUGGUUUUGGGAAGCGGUUUUGGGAGAAGGGUCAUGAGGGCUCUAAGGAAGUCAGAGGGAUGGGUGCUGCUGUGAACACUCCCACCCCGUCCUUUGGUCCCAGCCCUCUUGCCAGCCCCUGCAGUCUCGCCCACCAAAUCGGAAGGCCUUAAAAAUUGUGUGUUGGGGGGGGCGGGAUGUGAACUGGGGGUACUCUGUCACUAGACUGUUGAUUGGGGAUGAUAAGGUAGGGGAGAUGCUAUUUUGCAAUUGUAAUAAUGACUUAGAGCUUUGGAAAGGAAAAAAAAAAGUUGAAAUAUGUGACUAGAGCAGUUGUCAUGUUGAUAAUGUGAAAAGAAGGACAUUUUCUGGGGGAGGGGCCGUCUGUAAGAAAUCAGUAUGCACUAUGCUUCCUCCCCCAGUCUGGGAAGAAAGGGGACUGCUGGCCCUCAGGGGAUCUGUAAAUCCCAGAAAACAAUAUUUUAACAGCAAGCUAUCAUUCAACUUUGGUGGGGAAGGGGAAAAAAAAAAUCAAACAAUUCCAUAGACCUAGCUGACACCUCUCACUGCCCCUCACCCUUCCCACGCAGCCUGGGUCUCCUGCCCUAUUCAUAAAAGCUGAGAGGGUUGAGCUAAUAUUUACAAAUUGUAAUAUUUUUGUAAUGUUUGUUAGUUCCUUCGUCAGUUCUACAAGACCUUGCCCUUUCCUUUUGUAAUGUGAAUAGGAAAAAAAAAAAAAGACAAAAAAAAUCCACCACCACCACCAAAAUAUCCCUUUGUACGUGUGUGCGUGUGUUUUGUGUGUGGUUGUGUGUUCAUCACAUGGUAUUGUUGUAAUCUGGUAUUGCAGCAUUGGAUGGUACUAAGUGAGUCCGUGUCUGCCUCCACUGUCCUAGCCAGGAAGUAAGGAAAGAGGGUCAAGGCUGUGGUGUCUGAAGGAUAGGGGGAGGGAGAUGCCUCGUGCUGGUUUCGCUCUCCCUUCCCCCUCCGAGGAGCCUCGACGUCCUACGGGAAGGCCAGCAUGCCUCUUUCCCAGUUUCCUACUCACAAAGACAAAAUCCUUCGGACCUUGCCAAGGCCUUCUUAGCCGGGCCUCCUGGCCAAGGUGAAGGUCAAAAAGUAUGUGGAAUCUUGAGAUGGGUCUGGAUAAGGGGGGCAGGGGAGACGAGGGAGGGUGGAGGUGCUGUCUCCCCAGGUGAGAGCCGAGUGUUCUUACUUCCCUCUUCCUUCUGCCAUCUGGCCCCUUGGCCAGCCUCUGCCUUUAGCCGUGAACUGCUGACUACCGUACUGCUGCUACUGCCUUACCCAGCGUAGCGAAACUUCUCCAGCUUGGAGAGCCCAGGCUGGUUAGUGGUCCCUUUCCAGUGCUCAGCUCCUACAGGCGUGUCCCUUAAUGCUUUCGGUGACAUUUAGCCGUCAUGUGAUCUUUUCCCUAUUCACUCCUUCAUUCAUUCAAAGCAUUAAAAUCCUAUGUGUAUAUAGGAUAGACAAAUAUAGAGAUAUAUAUAUAUAGCAAGAGAGAGAGAUAUAAAAUAGUAAAUAUCAUUGCUGCUUUGGGCUGCUUUGGAGGAGGCCACGGAUAGCGGGAAGAUAGAUCUGGGGUGCAGGGGUGGGGAGGGAGACUGGGGGCCCCAGCGAUCCAGUACAAUCCAGGGAUGCAAAGCGGGCUUGUUUAAUCUUCGUGCCUGAACAGUUUCUCUGUGUGUAGAAAACAAAACAAAACUGCUGCAUUUUUUCACAAGUGUAUGGUACCCUUCUGGAUGCCAUUGGUCCCACCGGCUGCAGGGGGGUUAAGGCCCGGAGUGAGAGGGCCAUUUGGCUUACCUCCUAGCAGGGGAGUGAGCCCUUGGUGGGGUGGCCUCCGGACUCUGUCCAGGAGAGGGCUGGGGGGUGGUGGGGGCGGGAGGAGAGGUGUAGACAGUUCCCUGCAAAAAUUCCCCCAAGGGUGAGGGAUGGGGGCACCAGACGUCAGAAAAGCAGAAGAAGAUCCGACUCUGUUCAUUUUCCCAAGGCCUGUGUUCUACCCUUUUCUACCCCCAGCUGGCUUCCUCCUUCCUGAGGCUUCCUGGUGGCACUUACCUGAAUAUUUCAGCAGGAGGGGAAAAGCCAGACCGACCCAGCUCGGGGCUGCUGAUGAGUGGAGGAAAAGGCAGGGCCGGCCGGGAGAGGGGUGCAAGACAGACCAGGGAGGUUGGGUCAGGGGAGAAGGGUGGGGGGAGAGGGGCGUGGAGUCGCCGCAGGCCCGCGAGCUGGCCGCCCUGCCUCCCGGGGUCCUCGGCGUCCCACUUUGUAGACAGGGUACCAGCCUCCUGGUGUGUGUCCUGGCAUUCGUUCACAGUAGUGUGUUAUGCAUGACCUUUGUGAGGUGAAGAAGCCGUGGUGGUGCGCCAUGAUAUCCGACCCGUAUAUAUAAAGAUAAAUAUAUAUAUAUAUAUGUAUGUAAAUUAUAGCACUGAGGGCUCUACUGCCCUGCUGGACCAAGCAAAACGAAGCCUUUUGGUUUGGGUGUUACGUUCUGUUAUUUGUUUGUUUUUGUGGCUUGUCUUAUGUGGUGACAGCACAAGUGCCCGUCCGAUCGCUCUGUAUUACGGAAUAGUGUUUUUAAUUAAUGGGUGUUCUAGUUCAUGUCUACCUCAGCACCUCCUCUUAGCCUAAUUUUAGGAGGCUGCCCAAUUUCGUUUCUUCAAUUUUACCCCAUUACUUUUUUGUACAAAUCUCUCUCCCCUCCCGCCCCACCCCGCCCCCUGCCCCGCCCCUCUCCCCACCCCGCCCCCCUGCCCCGCCCCCUCCCCACCCAGACUCCCUGCCCACCCCCCCCACCUCCCCCCACCCCUGUCUCGCUUGCCAGCCCUACCUGUUCUCUCCUCCCCUGAUGCCGUUCCCCACCCCGCGUUGUGCGGUCCUGGUCGCAGCUUUUCCGCAUCUGCCUUCGUUUCGUGUAGAUUGAUGCGUUUCUUUGUAAUUUCAGUGUUUCUGACAAGAUUUAAAAAGGAAAAAAAAAAAAAGGAAAAAAAAAUGAAUUUACUGCUGCAGGUUUUUUUCUCUCUCCAUGUGUCACUAAGUGAAGUUUGUGCCUUCUAUAGCAAAGAGAAUAUUUUUUACAUCCUACUAACAGUAGAUUUUUUUGUAGUGAACAUUUUUUGUAUUUUUAUUUAUAAGUCUCAUAAGAAAAAUAGCAAUGUUCAGUUGUAUACCUUGAAUCUGCAGUUAGAAGAGAAUAAAGUUAAUUCAGUUGUCUCUGG